AUGGGAGAAGCAACUGAUGGAUGCACUGAUUGGUCUGUUGAUAUCAAGAAGUACCAAGUAUUGGUGGGAGAGCCUGUUAGAAUCAAGUGCGCGCUCUUUUACGGUUAUAUCAGAACAAACUACUCUCUCGCCCAAAGUGCUGGACUCAGCCUAAUGUGGUAUAAAAGCUCUGGUCCAGGAGAUUUUGAAGAACCCAUUGCAUUUGAUGGAAGUAGAAUGAGCAAAGAGGAAGACUCCAUUUGGUUCAGACCAACAUUACUACAGGACAGUGGGCUUUAUGCCUGUGUCAUCAGGAACUCCACAUACUGUAUGAAAGUAUCCAUCUCACUGACAGUAGGAGAAAAUGACACUGGACUCUGCUACAAUUCCAAGAUGAAAUACUUUGAAAAAGCUGAACUUAGCAAAAGCAAGGAAAUUUCAUGCCGUGACAUAGAAGACUUUUUAUUACCAACCAGGGAACCUGAAAUCCUUUGGUACAAGGAAUGUAGAACAAAAACAUGGCGACCGAGUAUUGUAUUCAAAAGAGAUACCUUGCUUAUAAAAGAAGUCAAAGAAGAUGACAUUGGAAACUAUACCUGUGAAUUGAAAUAUGGAGGCUUUGUUGUGAGAAGAACCACUGAGUUAACGGUUACAGCUCCUCUGACUGAUAAGCCACCUAAACUUUUGUAUCCCAUGGAAAGUAAACUGACAAUUCAGGAGACUCAACUAGGUGAGUAAUUUUUCAAUUCUACUUAAAGCGCCUUUCUCCAGUAUAUUUCAAUAGCUAAAUAAGCCUAAAUGACAGUUAUACUAUAAACUGUAAACAUUGUUCCCUGAAACAUAUUCUUUGGAACCAAAUGAUGCAUAUCAUAUUUAACAAUUGUUGGUAAGAAGAUAAGCUUAAGAUUUUAAUGAUAUUAUUAUAGCAUAUUAUAGCCUCAAACUGUAAUGUUUGAAUUGGUUUUAAAAUAGUAUGGAAGUGUUUGACAUAAAAUACUCCCUAAUACAUUAAACUACAAUUUUUGAAAUUGAGAAAAGGGUGCAAGUUCAUCAAAAUAAAUGUCAGUAUUAUUUUAAAAACACGUUAAAAUGUAAUCUAAAUAAGAGAUAUACCUCUGUGGUAGAGCAUUUGUUUGGUAGUACAAGACCUGAGAUUUGAUUCUUAGUGCUGCUUAUUGAUAAUUUAGAAAUAUACUGCUGAAUUUUCAUGAAUGCUCAUGUUUGUAUACACCUUGCAGUAAGUUCUGCAAACAUGUAUUCCUAAGGAAUUGGGUAAAAUUUGAAAAAUCUUGAAUCAAAAGAAAAAGGUUUAUCAUAGUAGUUUGUUGUAGUGAAUAUACCAAAAGAAAGUAUU